UGGUGUCCUGGCUGGCCCCUCUCUCCUCCCUCCUCUCCUCACAUGGCCCAACCUGAGGUCAUGUUCACUCCUACCUCUGGCUAAGCUCUCCCUUUUAUCUACAAUAAACUUUCUCCACCAUACCUAAGAGCAGUCACGUCCUUUCUUUUUUAUUUUUUUUCAUUCAAUCGCACGUUCAGAAACUUUAUACAGUUAUCAAUUUUUUUUCCCACAACCCGCACAUCCAUAUGACCUCAUCAACAGAUUACAGUGACAGACCACAGAUGACGAAAAGUCUAGAAACUUGCUCAGGUUUAUCCUAUCAAAGAUAACCCACUCUGUCGUCCUCCUAGUCAGUGGAACAGAUAGAUGUGCAAUGCUGGCAAGUGCCAGGCAGCCAGGCACUGCGCUAGCCAGCCCGCGCCCCGAUGGGGUCCUUCGGGCCAUUGCCGGACAGCCCAGCUCGGGGUCCUGGUGCGGUCGCGUAGCAGCGGCAGGGACGCGGCCAAGCUGCUACCGGAGUGCGGUCGCCUGUUAGCGGACAGUGAUAAGACUCCAAGGCUGGCUCUUCUCUGUGGCCACGAGCUCAUGGCAGGGGACAAAGCCAAGCAUUGUGAACUGGACCAGGAGAAAUAUGAUGCUCACGACAACGUGAAGAUCAUCUGCCUGGGGGACAGUGCGGUGGGCAAGUCCAAACUCAUGGAGAGGUUUCUCAUGGAUGGAUUUCAGCCACAGCAGCUGUCCACAUAUGCUCUGACCCUGUAUAAGCACACGGCCACAGUAGACGGCAAGACCAUCCUUGUGG